GUGAGAAAACUUGAGGGGAAAAAGAUGGGAAAACAUGAGAGGAAAAGGGUGGAAAAUGUGAGGGGGGAAAGGGAAGGAGCUGACAAAGCUGCAGAAUGUGAGGAAAUGGGGGGUGAAAAGAGACAAAGGGGAAGGACACUGGAGAGAAGAGUGAAAAGGGAACUAGAAAGAGGGGGUGGGUGACAGAAAAUGGAUCAAGAGGGGAAAAAACUGGAGAGGGAAUUGAGGGACAGAAACAGCAGGAAAGGAACUGGAGGAAGGAGGUGACAAAUGGGGGGAACCAGGGAGAAGAGAGACAAGAGAAGGAGGGAGGAGAGGUAGAAAAUGGUGAAACGUGACAGAAAAUGUGGGGCUGAGGGUGGGAAAAGGGGAACGAAGAGGGUGACAAGGGGACAGGAGGGGACGAGCCAGCACCCACCGUCACUGUGCUCCAUGUUCCCUCCCACGUACCCCUGUGUCCCCACCAUAUCCCUCCCAUGUACCCCUGUGUCCCCACCGUGUCCCUCCCAUGUACCUUUGUGUCCCCACCGUGUCCCUCCCAUGUACCCUUGUGUCCCCACCGUGUCCCUCCAGGCUGCAGCAAUGGACGUGGACCCACGCAGUGAGGGGCUCUGCAGCCGAGAUCCCCCAAGACCACCGUGUGCCCCUGUGUCCCCCCGCCCCAGGGACAAGGUGUUCCCAGGGCUCCCUAAAGGACACAUUGUCCCCGUGUCCUGCCCCGUUCCCCCCUUGGGUCCCCCUAAGGGGACCCCACAGCUGGAGGUGCUGCUGAGGCAGAUCCAGAGCAUGAAGAAAGUCCGUCGGGCCAUGGCGCAGGAGCUGGUGGAGGCCCAAGACCGCGGUGAGGGCUUGCGCCAGAACCUGGAGCAGCGUGAGUCACCCAAGGGGACACUGAGGGUGGAGCAGCGCGAGGAGGCACUGGAGGGGCUCUGGCAGCAGAUGCAGGAGUCACUGCGGAGAGCRCGGCUGCAGGGGAAGGAGGUGGAAGCCAGAGGUCAGAGGCGCUGGGGGCUCUGCCUGGAGUGGCAGCAGGACCUGGCAGGGGCAGGGGAGCAGCUGAGGCAGCUCCGACACCUGCGCCGGGGACACAGGUGGGAAUUCUGGCACCAGCUCGACACCAUCAUAGAGGAGCACAAGCGCCUGCAUGACGUGCACGCUCCAGCCCACCUGAAGGCUGAACUGAUGGAACUGGAAAAGAUGCGGGAGAAGUGGCUGAGCUGGGAGCAUCGUCUCAUGGAGACCGAGGAGCAGCUGGGACCAGGAGCCCCCAUGGUCAUGCGAUUGGUGGAGCAGGAGCAGGAGGGGGCACAGCAGCAGCUGGAGGCAGAGCUGGGCCGGCAACAGCUGAACCUGCAGCGUCGUGACAGGUUGGCAGAGGAGCUGCAGCAGCUGCAGGGUCAGCAGCAGGGGUGGGACUGGGGGUGGGAGCCGGGUUGGGGGGUCACGGUCCCCCUGACCCCUUUUUUGAUCCCCUCCUCAGAGAAGGACCCGUCCCUGGAGAUCCGGUACCGGCACAAGAAGUGGCGGGAGAAGGAGCACGAGGGGGCCAAGGGACAGGAGCUGGAGCAGGGCCGGGCUGCCAAGAUCAAGCGCUCAGCCCGCAUGUGUGGUGAGUGUGAGGCGUGCCGGCGCCCCGAGGACUGCGGGCAGUGUGAUUUCUGCCGGGACAUGAAGAAAUUCGGGGGCCCCAACAAGAUCCGCCAGAAGUGUCGGCUGCGGCAGUGCCAGCUGCGGGCACGGGAGUCCUACAAGUACUUCCCCACCUCGCUGGCGCGGGGGCGCGAGGGGGACCUGGAGCUGCUGAAGGCGCAGCUGGGGCCGGGGCCCCCCGAGAGCCUCUCGGAUGAGGAGCUGCCCCUCGACCCCCGGCUCUACCAGGAGCUCUGCGCCGGCGCCUUCGACGAGCACGGCCUGCCGUGGCUCAGYGACGCCGAGGACGCGCCGUUCCUGGACCCCGUCCUGCGCAAGCGCGCCGUCAAGGUCAAGCACGUCAAGCGCCGCGAGAAGAAGUCAGACAAGAAGAAGGAGGAGCGCUACAAGCGGCACCGGCAACGGGCACGGCACCGGGAGCGCCGGGGCCACCCCGAGCGCUCGGAUGCGCGGGAUCCCGCGGGGCUGGGCCAGUGCCUGGGCCCUGGCUGCACCCGGCCUGCACGCCCACCCUCCAAGUACUGCAGCGAGGCCUGYGGCAUCAAGCUGGCUGCCAACCGGAUCUACGAGAUCCUGCCGCAGCGGAUCCAGCAGUGGCAGCAGAGCCCGUGCGUGGCCGAGGAGCACGGCAAGCGGCUGCUGGAGCGCAUCCGGCGCGAGCAGCACCAGGCGCGGCUGCGGCUGCAGGAGAUGGAGCGGCGCUUCCACGAGCUCGAGGGGCUCAUYGCCCGCGCCAAGGGGCACCCACCCCGCGAGGAUGAGGAGAGCACGGAAGGGGACAGCGAGGACACGGACCUGCAGAUCUUCUGCGUGUCCUGCGGCCACCCCAUCAACCCUAAGGUGGCCCUGCGGCACAUGGAGCGCUGCUAUGCCAAGGUGUCCACGGGAUCUGGGGGAUUUUGGGGGCUGGGGGGAGCCAGGGGGGCCACCCGGCUGUUCUGCGACGUUUACAACCCCCAGAGCAAAACCUACUGCAAGAGGCUGCAGGUGCUGUGCCCCGAGCACUCACGGGACCCCAAGGUGCCCGCGGAUGAGGUGUGUGGCUGCCCGCUGGUGCGCGAYGUCUUCGAGCUGACGGGUGACUUCUGCCGCGUCCCCAAGCGCAAGUGCCACCGUCACUACUGCUGGGAGAAGCUGCGCCGCGCCGAGGUGGACCUGGAGCGCGUCCGUGUGUGGUACAAGCUGGAUGAGCUGUUCGAGCAGGAGCGGAACGUGCGGGCGGCCAUGACGAACCGUGCCGGGCUCCUGGCGCUGAUGCUGCACCAGACCAUCCAACACGACCCCCUGACCACGGACCUGCGUUCCGACCGCUGACCCCCCACCCUGGGACCCCCACAGCCCCCUGGGACCCCCCACAUCCCCUCCCCACAUGGUUCCCCCUUACCCAAUGCCUGGGAACUUGCCCCUCACUAAAUAAAUCGGGUGUGAAAAA